GCCACGAUGCUUCAGAACCAGAUGCCUGCUUGGGUUUCCCACUCCCUGCCAGAUCCAUGCCAAGCAGAAGAUGGCAGGUAUUUGGCCUCCUGUGCCUUGAAGGAGGGGCCAUCUCCAUGCCAUCUGUUGACAGUCAGGGUCAUCGGCAUGAAAAAUGUCCGGCAAGCUGAUAUGUUGAGUCAGACAGACUGCUUUGUCACCCUCUGGUUGCCUACUGCCUCUCAGGAGAAGCUGAGGACCAGAACCAUCUCCAAUUGUCUACACCCACAAUGGGAUGAAAGCUUCACCUUUCAGAUCCAAACUCAAGUAAAGAACGUACUAGAGCUGAGCGUCUGUGAUGAAGACACAUUGACACCCAAUGACCAUCUCUUGACAGUUCUCUAUGACCUCUCCAAGCUCUGCCUUCGGAAUAAAACCCAUGUGAAGUUUCCACUCAACCCAGAGGGCAUGGAAGAACUGGAGGUAGAGUUCCUGCUCGCAGAGAAUCUCUCUUCACCGGAGAUGCUCAUCACCAAUGGUGUGAUUGUGUCUCGACAAGUCUCUUGCCUGGAGGUCCAUGCAGAAUCAAGGAGGCCAAGGAAGAGGAAGAAAAAUAAAGACCUCCUGGUGAUGGUGACAGACUCCUUUGAGAAUACUCAGCGUGUCCCACCCUGCCUGGAGCCCUGCUGUGACAAUCUAGCCUGUUUCCACUACCCUAUGUACUUCCAGCCCCAGCUACAUGUGGAGGCACCUGAGAGCCACUGGAGCUGUGGGCUUUGCUGCUGUGGAACACGCAGGAAUGGCCCUGUCUCCCAGCCCCUCGAUUGCCUUUCUGACGGCCAGGCUGUGACCCUGCCCGUGGGAGAGAAUUAUGAAUUACACAUGAAGUCUACACCCUGCCCUAACACGCUGGAUGUGCGGCUCGGAUUCAGCCUGUGCCAGGAAGAGGUGGAGUUUCUGCAGAAGCGGAAGGUGGUGGUGACCAAGGCACUAAGUCAGGUGCUGCAGCUGGAGGAGGACCUGCAUGAGGAUGAGGUACCACUGAUAGCCAUCAUGGCCACAGGAGGCGGCGCGAGAUCUAUGGUUGCCUUGUAUGGCCACCUGAUGGGGCUGCAGAAGCUGAACCUUCUGGACUGCUCAACUUACAUCACCGGCUUGUCAGGUGCAACCUGGACUAUGGCUACCUUGUACAGUGAUGCUGAGUGGUCUUCCAAAAACCUGGAGCCUGCUGUCUUUGAGGCCCGGAGACAUGUUGUCAAAGACAAGAUGCCUGCUCUGUACCCAGAUCAGCUCUGCAAAUGGAGAGAGGAACUCCACCAGCACAACCAGGAAGGCUACAAAACCACUCUUACAGACUUUUGGGGCAAGCUGAUUGAGUACAGUCUAGGAGAUAAGAAAAAUGACUGCAAACUGUCAGAGCAGCGUGCUGCCUUGUGCCAGGGGCAGAACCCUCUACCCAUCUACCUCACCAUCAAUGUCAAGGAUGAUGUAAGCAACCAGGAUUUCAGAGAAUGGUUCGAGUUCUCCCCCUAUGAGGUGGGCAUGCAGAAGUAUGGGGCCUUCAUUCCCACCGAACUAUUUGGCUCGGAGUUCUUCAUGGGGCGGCUGAUGAAGAGGAUUCCUGAGCCAGAAAUGUGCUACAUGCUAGGUUUGUGGAGUAGCAUCUUCUCCCUGAACCUGCUUGACGCCUGGAAUUUGUCUCACACCUCAGAGGAGUUUUACUACAGGUGGAUAAGGGAGAAACAUCAUGAUAUCGAAGAUGAUCCACUCCUGCCUGAAAUCCCUAGAUGUAAUGAUGCUAGCCCCUUGGAGACCAGAGUAGUGAUCCCAGCAUCAUGGCUGUCCAACACCUUCCGAGAAAUCCUCACACACAGGUCCUUCGUGUCUGAGUUUCACAACUUCCUGUAUGGAAUGCAACUGCAUACUGACUACCUACAGAACAAGCAGUUCUCUAUGUGGAAAGACACAGUGCUGGACACCUUCCCAAACCAGCUGACACAGUUUACAAAACAUCUGAACCUGUUGGACACCGCAUUCUUUGUCAACUCCAGCUACGCGCCCCUCCUCAGGCCAGAGAGGAAAAUCGACCUUAUCAUCCACCUCAAUUACUGUGCAGGAUCCCAGACAAAGCCCCUGAAGCAAACCUGUGAGUAUUGCACCACGCAGAACAUCCCCUUCCCCAGCUACUCCAUCCAGGAGGAUGACAAAAGUCUCAAGGAAUGUUACCUGAUGGAGAAUCCCCAGGAGCCUGAUACCCCCAUUGUGGCUUACUUCCCACUCAUCAAUGACACCUUCCAGAAGUACAAGGCUCCAGGUGUAGAACGAAGUCCUGAGGAGCUGGAACAGGGCCAGCUGAACAUCUAUGGCCCCAAAUCUCCUUAUGCCACCAAGGAGCUGACGUACACAGAGGCCGCUUUCGACAAGCUGGUGAAACUCACGGAGUAUAAUAUCCUCAAUAACAAAGACAAGCUCAUUCAGGCUGUGAGACUGGCGGUGGAGAAGAAACGCAUGAAUCGCCAGUGUCCUUCCUAAGCCUGGGGGACUCCUGUUCAUCCUUUGUCUGCUUCUAUUGUCAGAAGCAUCACCCCUCAAAGCCUGACCUCACAUAUCACUGGCCCUGCUCCCUGGCCAGGGGGGCAAGUGGCUUGUGUCUUGGGCUUUCUAGUGAAACAUUACAAAUGAACAAGGAAGAAAGAGGAAGGAAAGAAGGAGUCUAUUGGGUUUUAUACCCCUGGAAUCUCGCUCCGUUUUCUGGCAGGGAAGGUACCUUAUUCACAGGCUCUCACACAGUCUCAAGUGUAGAAUGUAAAUGUGUGGCCACACGGAGUGGCUAGUUCCCAAGAGAUCUCACCCUUAGAGCUGGAGGCACCCCUCUCCCUCCUCCCAUGACCAGAGAAAUGCCCAGGAAUACUGAGAACUGCUCUAAGUUACUCUGGAAAAUGCUUUGUAAAUUUAAAGUAAUUGCAUCCUUGGAAUUUUUGUUUUCGACAGUAUCUUGUGAUUUAUUUUUAUUUUUUACUAUAAUGAAGAGAGUAUUAGGAGAAAGCCUGGUCUCUGCCACAACAAAGCCAAACAGAUGACCAACUCAUGUCACUGGUGCCUCUUCAGCUGCCAGAGCCCUGGGCUAGUGUGCAUCUGAUCGUGACCAGGUCCAGGUCUAAACACCCAGCUCCAGUGAAACCAGGCCCUGCUGGAACGCAGCAGAAACCCAUAGAUUGAGGAUCCAGAUGCCAUUCAGGCAGGCCUGGGCAGGCUGUGGAAAAGGGGCCACAGGUAUCAGUCCAAUGCCAUCAACACUCUCUGACGUCUCUCUGGCUUCCAGAUAGGGUUAUUUAUUUUCUAAGUAUGAAUCCUCUUAUUUAUCACAGAAAACACCACAGCUGGUUUCUCUUAAGUUCUUAUACAGUGACUCAGAGAAUAAGGUUAGGAAGAACACCUCAGAAUGGCACUUAGGACUCUGAGAAAGACCUCAGCAAUGGAGGGAAACCUCUGGUGACACCCAGACUCCAGGCUUCACCAAAGGAUAGCAUGGGAGCCCCUGUGGGGAGAAGAAGAAAGCUGAAGGGCAGCUAGGCAUGGGUCCUGAGUGGAGCACAGCAUGCCUGGAGGACAAGGCUCUCUUUCUGAGCCACAUGAUCCCUCCACUGUCCCUGGUGUUGAGAGAUGAAUGGCACCCAACAUUUUUGUUUGUUUGCUUUAAAUGGGCUCCUGUUUCCAUCACAGCUAUUCAGAGUAUGAUUGGGGCUAUAAACCCAGCCACACUGACAAAAACCUGUACUGUGAAGAGACUUGUGCCUCCCUCCGGCCUUACCCCAGGUGACUCCUAUGUGGGUAACGUUGGGGAAGAAUGGAUUUACCACACAUUUCUAUCAGCUUAGAGAGCAUGAGCCCACAGACUUCUUUGAGCCAUUGAUAAGCUGGGCUUCUUGGCCUGCAGAACUGGUCUCCACCCACCUGGUGCUGAUGCUGAUGUGAGUUGGAUGUCCCUCAACUCCUCUUGCCCUCCACUGGAGUAGCUGGCUGCCAUUACUUUUCCCUCCUUCAUUAAAGGAACAGUCUCUGAAUUAUCAGAGAGAGCCAGAAUAGGACCUUCAUUUUGCAAGGCGAAAGCAGGCAGCCAUGGCUUGGACUCACCAUGGCACUUGAAGUUUAUAAGAUCACUGUUCCAUUUGAGCACAGAAUAAAGUGGUCAUG